UAGUGGCUGCCUCAGAAGAAGGGAUACAAAUCCUGCAAAGCCCAGCACAGGUGCAGCGGAUCCCUGGACAGACCGCACAGCUGGACUGUCACCCUUCUAAAGCAGAAGGAAGGAUUAUAUGGUACAAGGAACAACAGGGUGGGAGUUUGCAAUGGAUUUACCAGAGUUUUGAGUCUGCACCUCGAGUAAUGUGAACACUGCAGCAAACAUGUUUUCUCUGAUAAUCAGUAACCUGCAAAGAGACGACUCGGGGGUUUAUUACUGUGGCCUCUCUGCCUUUCUGUAUCUACAGCCCAACUUCGGGAAUGGGACCAGACUAAUUGUCGCAGAUGCCGCCGAGCCGAGACUUUCCAUCCUGGUUCCCUCCACCCCGGAGGAUGCUGAGCUUCCCCCCGUCAUUCCUCUGCUCUGCCUGCUCUCAGAUUUCACUCCUCCCUGGAGUGCUGUUCUCUGGGGCACUGGUGAGCAGGUGUCUGAAGGUCAGACGGAUGCUGGAGCCAUCGACGGGAACGGGGUCUUUAGUGUUUGGAGCCUAAUGACAAUCCCUUCUGAGACGUGGAACCAGAAAACGAUCUGCAAUUGCACAGCCAAGGAGAACAGCACGGGGAGAAGCAUCAGUGCUACUGUCUCCAGGGAAACAGGUCCAGUAUCGUAUCAUCCAAUCUAACCUGCCUACCUGGGUAUUUAUCCUACGCCCCUCACCAUGGUAUCUGGGCACCAAGAGUCAGUGACAUCUACUCCAGGCUAGAGAAAUAGACAGGAAGGCUCAGGGGAAUGAUAACUAAUGGAAACAAGGAGAGGUUUGGAAACCAUUGAGAGGGAGCUUGAAGUGUGGGGCAGUUACAGUUACGGUUCCUCCCCCGUCACCCACCUUUCCCACCCCAAGCCCUUCUGAAAACCUUCAUUUUUCAACCCUCCCAGUGGUGAGAAAUGGGUUUCUGGUCAAGUAGCCCGAGCCUUCCCCUGCAUGUGAGCACAGCAAGGACACAGAAGGGUCAGUUGAGCUGAGCCAAAGGGGAAGGAAAUCAACAAAGGGAACAGCGGCAUGAAUGUCAGGAAUGGCUACCUGACAGCGAGAUCUAACAGAGAAUGGAACAGAUGCCCGGGGCAGGGCGGGAAGCCCCUGUAAAGUGCACUAGUGAAUAUAACACAGGGAACAAUCCUGCAGUGGCCAGGAGGGAGCUAGAGGGCACUCAGUGUAACAGGGACGUCUCUAUCUCUGGCUUCUAGGAGUCUGUGCCACCCCCGUUUGAUUCUGUUGCAGCCAUCACGGGAGCAGGAGGUCUCAGGCUGAAAUGGGGCUCCAUGGAACGAUGUCCAGGGCAGGCCGGCAGGAUUAGGGCUGGUCUCCACUGUU